GAGAGAUUUGGGGAUGCUCAGCUCUGUCUCUUUCCUCUCACUCAGUCCGUGUGAUCGGAGUCGAGGUUGUUUCUUUCUUUUGGUAAUCACCAGAUCACGGCGCUCACUUGCCUUCUUUUUCUGCGUUGACUUUUCAUUUAGUGCAUGAGAUCGAAGAGCUCUUCUGGAAUCGACAGUUUUUUUUUAAAGUUUGUAACUCAGUUACUGAUUGAACGCUUGGUAUUUUUUGAGGAUUUUCCAACUAUACCACCUCCUGUUGCUGUGCCAUACUAAGCAGCAUUGUCGCGAUGUCGUGCGGAGGUACAGAGUCGUAUAUUCCCACAUCUGUUGUGAGAUGGUUCCACGAUUUGCCCAGAUUCAAUCGCAGCCUAAAAAGCGUCUCACCUGAGUUCGAUCUGUCCCUGAACUAUGCAGAGGGAGUUGCGGCCUGGCCAGCCGUGUUGGUUGUGCUCGGAGUGCUGCUACUACUGGUUGCGUUGUUCUACCUGUGCUGCUGCGCAUGUCGGUCAGGACCAGAUCUGCAUGAACGCUACACGAAAAGAAAGUCCCCGGGCUGUAACUCUGUGCCGCUGAUCUUCUUUGCGCUUGUGUGCUGGGGUGCAGCCGGACUGGCCUUAUAUGCCAACGAGGACGUGGAGAAAGGCGUCAAGGGCUUAGGGAACACCAUACAGUCUAUCAACGACACUGUCGUCAGUGCUGAACAAAAUGUCAAUGGCAUCACCAUCAACCUGUUCAACGCGUCCAGUGAUCUGGUAAAACUGACGGACGUCUGGGAGAACUCGAACCUCUCGCGGCCGGUGAAAGAUUACGUCAUCUCAGCCACCAACUCGGCCAAGGGCCAUGCCGAUAGUGCAUACCAGCAGACAACGAAAAUCUCUGACACCUUUGCGAAUUUCUACGAUGUGUCGCCGCUGAAAACACAGCUGCUCAAAUAUGAUGGUUACAGGUGGGAUGGAACUCUGGCAGUGAUGUGCGCCAUCUUCUUUGUGGCACUUGUCGCCAUCUUCGGUGCGGUCUGUGCAUCCUCGUGCAUGUUGAAAAUGAUGGUGUUCUUUGCCCUGCUUUCGCUGCUCGUCGGCUGGGUCUUAGGCGCUGGCUUCCUAGCCAUUACAGUGGGCGGAUCAGACUUGUGCUUUUCACCGAACAAGUUCAUUGACAGUCACGUUGCGGAUACAAACUAUGCUGAGUCUGUUCGCUACGUUAUCUACUGUGGUAGCUGCCCGAAUCCCUACCAGAGUGAUUAUGAUCAGGCUGAGAUCUACAUCUACAACGUCACAACUCAGCUGUCGGAACUCAGCGAGUUCGCACAGAACAUGUCCAUGCCAGAUGCAGUGAAGAUCACUGACAGACUGACGACCAACGUGGAUACUAUUCAGAAGAGCUUGGACACGCUAUGGUCUCAAGAGAUCAACUGCACCAAUCUGAACGCGAUUUACAACGACCUGCUGACUUCCACCUGUGGAAAAGUGAUUGACGGCACAGCGCUUACAUUUGCAGGUGCUGCCGGUAUCGGUCUCUUCAUGUUCUUCCUCAUCCUGGCAGCGCAGCGCCAUUGGACUCGUAUCAUAUUCAAGGAUAUGUACGAGGAGGAUACUGAAACGAGUCAGCUACUGCCGCCCAAUGAGCGACGGAGCAAUGGAACAUUCCGCUCCAGAGAUGCUCCGCGUGAUCCUGCACCGGCAGAUCCGCCACGACGUCAUCGCCAGGAGACGCAGCGCGACGGCAGCACGGAGACCCUCUGGCUGGACACGCAUGUUCAAACAGACCACAAAAUACCUCCACCGAAGGCGGGAAGUGAUGAGAAAAAGCGAAAGCAGGCAUGGGUGUAGUUGUGCAUUAGUGGUCUUCCAGUCUCUGUCUCUCUGCCAUGCCACAUGGUGUACUGUGGCUUGGAGCUGCUCACUGUGUGUGUGUGUGUCCGUGUCCGUUCGUGUGUGUGUAUGCCGGUGCGGUGUGAACGAUGGAGAUGGUGCGUAAUUCUUCUCUUUAAAAAUGUUCUGUCACUUGCCCGGAUUUGAAAGCGUUGCUCUAUUAUCUUUGUCCUCCGUAAUCUAGCUAUAUUAAUCCAAAUUGUACACGUGGCCGGGCCGUCGCUACUUCUUCUCAAAUUGUACACAUCUAUUUGAAUUUGUCCGGGGGAAACAAUAUUAAUACUGUUUGAACAGUGUUUUGCCUGUCCAUACCAUAAACGUAUAACGUUGUCCGAGUCGCUCACACUCAUUUCCACAUGUACAUUUAUAAUGCACUGCACUCUCAUGUGAGGUUGUUGCUGUGUUUGCAUAGUUAGAUGGCAGGAACUUGCACGGAUCAUGAUAAUGACAUUGGCACUUUUUAAUCGGCUCUUUUUAUUCAAUUUUUAAAUAAUCACUACUCGUGCUCAGUCA